GCAUUGCAACUUUUAACUCCCAAUAUACUCUUCAUUAGUGAGUAAUUUUUAUAGUUAUAUAGAUAUAUUAUACAACUGAUCAAUAUUACUAUAACUGAGCUUUCGGCCCUGUUCCCCGCCAGGCCAUAUAGUUCUAGAAUCUAUAGGGGCUUCUGCGUUUCUUCGAUAGUAGCGCGAAACGAAACAGUGGAACACAGACACGAACGCGAUCGUAUUUUGUCAUCGCCGUGCGUUGCAGCUUGCAGCUAACGUGGACGUGGACGCCGGUGGGUAGAUGUUCACUUUUAGCCGUUAUUCAACAGCUUUAUCAACUACUUAUAUACAGUGUAAGAAAAAGAUAUUAUUCGAGCGGAGAAAGGAUUUGCUAAAAUCUGGCAAAAAGUGCGUCAAAACGAAAAUACGACAUGAAUAAACCUACGAGCUCCGAGGAACCGCCCAAUAAUGGCAACAAUAUGCAUUCUAAACGGAAGAAACAUAAAACAAAGAACAAUGGAUCUGAGCAAUCUGAUGAAAGACCACAGGAAGCUCAAAAUUCAAGGGGCAAUGAAAAAUAUGCUCAACAGCAAGAACAAAAUAAUACUAAAAGGCACAAACAUAGUUAUCAGACCUUCAAUAACAAUCAUCAAAGUGUAAAAGAUAAUCCCAACUUAAAAUAUCAAAGGCAACGUGACAGCAAAAAUACUAACAUAAACCAUAGUUUCCACAGUAAUAAUAAGAUGAACGAAACGCAGUUUCAUUUUAAUUAUCUACACGAUUUGAGUGAAAAGGACAGUAAUAGACUCAUGCUAAUAUUGGCAUCAAAAAAGGAUGACUUCGAAAAAUUUCUAGGAGAUGUCCCAGCUCAGCUCAUGGCCAUCACAUUAAGAGUCUUAAAUAAUGUAUGCCAUGCAAAUUUUAUAGAAAUCUUGUCUGGUAGUAUUUUGUGCCAUGCUUGUUCUGAAAAAUUUCUAACAAGAUUAGAGAAUUAUUUAGUUAAACUGCCUUUUGAAUCAGAAACCGAUAAAAUAAAUAACCAUAUCUAUUAUGAUGAUAUAAAUAGAUUUUGGACUGAGCUUACAGAAUUAUUUAAAAAACUUAUGGAACUUUUACCAAGUAAAGCUUGUGAUGGAUUGAGGUCUAUCUUAGAAAAAAUUGGAAUGAUUUUUCAAACUAUUGAAGUCCAUCGGAAAGAUUACAAAAUUGAAGAAAGUAUCAAGAAUGCUGCCAUAAAUUUAUUUGAAGAAUUAAAGGCAGAAACAAAAAGAAUUGAAGCAAAAAAUGAAAUUCCUAGAAAGUAUAAUUCUGUAGAUUUAGAAAACGAAGAUCCACCUGGUAAUUUUAGAGAUCUAAGUAUAAUACCAACUAUGGAGGAUAUAAAUAAUGAUAAGCCUUUCAUCAGAAAAUGCAAAAUAAAUCAGCCUUAUAAUUCAGUUGACCAUUAUUUGGAUGUCCAAUAUCGUUUAUUGAGGGAAGAUUUCAUAUGCCCCCUACGCAAUGGGAUAAAUGAAUAUUUAGAUCCAAAAUCACAGAAAAAUCGCAAUAGUGAUCUUAGGAUUUACAAAAAAGUAAAACUCGAAGCUCCAAGAAUCCAUGAGGAUACUGUUGGCAUUACUUUGUGUUUUCAAAAUAUACACAAUGUAAAUUGGCAACAGUCAAAACGACUAAUAUACGGUGCUUUGUUACUUUUAAGCAAUGAUAAUUUCAAUAAUAUUCUGUUUAUGACUGUUGCUAAUCGUGAUGAGAAGGAGCUUAUGAACGGUCGCAUUUUAGUAGAACCAUGUGAAGGAACACAUGUUACAGCACAAAUGUACAAUACUACAUUUGUAAUGUUAGAAUCAAAAAUAUAUUUUGAGCCAUAUUGGGCUGUUUUGAAUGCCAUUAAAUAUAUGCAUGAAGAUAAUUUUCCAAUGAAAAAUUAUCUGAUUAAUGCUGACAACUCAAUUAAACUACCAGUUUAUCUAAGGAAUGUGUUAACACUACAUUAUAAAGGCUUUGAACUUCCAGUUGCUUUUGAUAAAAAGUGGCCAAAUGCUAAUGAACUAGAGUUGGAUGAAUCACAACUGAAAGCUUUCCGAAAUGCUCUGACUCAAGAAUUUUCUUUAAUCCAAGGACCACCCGGUACUGGAAAAACUUUUAUUGCUUUGGAAAUAGUUCAUACACUGUUAGCGAAUAGUGAGGAUUGGAAAAAGCAUGGCCCCAUUGUUGUUGUAUGUUUAACCAAUCAUGCUUUAGAUCAAUUUUUAGAAGGAAUACUUGAACAUACAAAUUCAAUAGUCCGUAUUGGGAGUCGUUCAAAAAGUGAAAAAUUAAAUCCAUAUACAUUAAAAGAAAAAAAAAAAGCUGUUAGAAUAGAGAGAGGAAAUUGUUCGACUUUUUUGAUGAAUGAAACCAAACGCAGAUUGGAGAGAAUUUUAAAGUCUAUAACAGAAACACAAUUACAUGUACAAUAUUUAAAAAUACCUAAAGUAAUUGUACCUUUUAAACUUCUUAUAGAAUAUUGCAAUGACAUGGUGUUACAAAAUCUUGAUAACAAUAGGAAUUUGAUUCGAUGGCUUGUUAAGGUGGACUUAAAACCAGGCUCACGUAUUCUUCAACCUUUUAGUAUCAGUCAAAGGGCAAAUGCUAUCGUUAAUGAUUGUGAGCAAAUGGCAAAUAUUCCUGAGUUUGGGAGAUAUCAAAACAGUCAUAUGGAUGAUAAGUUAGAUAUUGAUCACACGUUUGAAAUUAGCGAUUCUAUAAGGCCAUUUUUUCCAAUAGAAGAAUUAAACCAUUCAAUCACAGAAGUUCGUCAACAGAUAUUUGAUCACAAAAAUAGACGAGAUUUUGUCAACUUAAUGCCUCAUGAGGUACAAAGAAUAAAAUUUCAGAAAAACUCUUGUUACAGACGUCUUGCUACAUUAAACAAUGAGAAAGCGCGGAUAAGUCAAGAACUUGAAAAUCAUCCACUAUUAAACGAAAAUCGAACUCCAUCUAAUAAUUUAUGCUGGGAAAAUUAUUGGGGCUGGGUGAGGCAUUGCUAUGAAUCAGCUAUAAAAAGAUUAGCUGAACUUGAAGAAGAAUAUCGUCAGGUUCGUUUGCAACUCAACGAAGCUAAGCAAUUGGUUGAUUUAGCUACGCUAAAACAGCACAAGGUAGUCGGACUUACGACGACUGGCGCCGCUAAACUGUUUUCGACUUUACGAGAACUUCGUGCUCCCAUAGUACUGGUGGAAGAAGCUGCUGAGAUACUUGAAUCACACGUUGUUUGCUCUUUGACUAAAAAUUGUCAACAAGCAAUUCUCAUUGGAGAUCAUAAGCAAUUGCAACCGAAAGCAUCAGUAUAUAAACUCGGUAAAGAUUACAAUUUGAAUAUAUCACUUUUUGAACGAAUGGUUAGGAUCAGAGGAGACUGCGCUCAAUUGGCGCACCAGCAUCGAAUGCGCCCACAGUUUGCAAAGUUACUUACACCGUCGAUCUAUGAACAGUUAUAUAACGACAAGACUGUGUUUAACAGGCCCAAUGUUCUAGGACUGAAUAAGAAUUUAUUCUUUUUGAAUCACAGUAAUCGCGAACAAUCUCAUAACAACGAGGAAAGUUGGGUAAAUAAACACGAAGUAGAAUUUUUAGUGGCAUUUGCUAGACACCUUGUUCUACAGGGUUACAAACCUAUGGAUAUCACCAUACUCUGUACCUAUACAGGACAGUUAUUUGCUUUUAUGAGGGAAAAAGAUCGAUACAUAUCGAUACUCAGAUACGUGCGCAUAACAACGGUAGACAACUUCCAGGGCGAAGAAAACAAAAUCAUUCUUUUAUCGCUGGUGCGCAACAACGGAGAAGGAAACGUCGGUUUUCUCAAGCAAGAAAAUCGUGUCUGUGUUGCUUUGUCACGUGCCAAAGAAGGUCUAUACAUUAUGGGUAACAUGGACGAUUUGUUGGUGAAAAACGACAUCUGGCCGAAGAUCAAGGGUGUAUUGGAAGAAGAGAAAGCCAUAGGUGACGUUCUGGAAUUGCGAUGCCAAAUUCAUCCGGAUCAGUUGAUCUUAGUAAAAGAUGCUAGCGAUUUCCAAAAAUCUCCGGAAGGCGGUUGCUCGAAGAUGUGUGAAGUCGACAUGCCGUGCGGACAUCGAUGUCUGAGCGUUUGUCAUACACGUGAUCGAGAGCAUAAAGAAUUCGAAUGUAGAAAAAAAUGUCUAAAAACCUGCCCACACAAUCAUCCUUGCACACUGAUUUGCUACGAGGGAUGCAAAGCCUGUGAAGUUAAAGUAGAACGUGAACUUAAAUGUGGGCAUACUGUUCAAAUGUUAUGUUCCGACGAUCCGGAUAAAUUUAAAUGCAAAACUCUGAUCAAAGUUAUCCUACCUGCUUGCAAACACGAAACUGAAAAACCGUGUCAUGUAGAAAUCGAGGAAUGCAGAUGCACGCAUCCUUGCGACGUUCGUUUAGGUUGUGGUCACACCUGUACACUUACUUGUCACGUUGAUGCUAACUUAGAUCCGGACCACAUUGAGUACAAAUGUACGAAAAGCUGCGCAAAAAAUUACGAGGGUUGCGAGAACAAUCACCCAUGUAAGAAACGUUGCUUCGAAGUAUGCGGCCUGUGCCCCAUACCGGUAAAAAAGAUUCGAUCGUGCGGACACUAUUACACACAGAUUUCAUGCGGUAUCGAUAUUGAAAAAAACAAAUGUUCGAGGCCUUGCAAGGGAAAGAUACCGAGCUGUGGGCAUAACUGUAAGCUGAAGUGUUCUGAUCCUUGUGGAAACUGUGAAGUGAUGGUUGAAAAGGAUAGUUUAGGGUGUGGUCACAAAGUUAAAGUAAAAUGCAGUGAAGAUGCUACACCUUCUAAGUGUGACGGAGCCUGUCCUAAAAUACUGCCAUGCGGUCAUCAGUGUAUAAACAAAUGCAAAGAUCAGUGCACUGUAUCGUGUCAAGUUAUGGUUAGUCUCAAUCAAACUGGAUUGUGUGGCCACCUUUUUGAGGUGCCCUGCUUUUUACAGAAAAGUGAUCCAAAAUCUGCAAAUUUGUUACAAUACUGCAAUAAACCGUGUCGCAUUCAGUUGGCAUGCGAUCAUUUUUGCAAAGGAAAUUGUGGAGAUUGCGGACAGGGGCGUAUACAUGUGUUUUGUGGUGAACCGUGUGGCUUUCCUCUCGUCUGUGGACACAAAUGCAAUGAACCGUGCAGAGAAGAAUGCAAACCGUGUAAAAAGAAGUGUGAAUUACGAUGCUGUCAUAGCAAAUGCAAUAAGAAAUGUGGGGAACCAUGUAAUCCAUGUGUAGAACCUUGUACAUUAGGGUGUGAGCACAAAAAAUGCAAGAAACGUUGUUCGGAAUUGUGCGACAUUGAUCCGUGCAAUGAACCAUGCAAAAAAAAGUUGAAAUGCGAUCAUUUUUGUGUUGGAUUCUGUGGCGAUCCCUGUCCGCCGUUGUGCCGAAUAUGCGAUGAAAAAGAGUUGAUGUCAGUUUUCUUGGGCAGAGAAGAGGAACCCAAUGCAAGGUUUGUAUUUUUGGAGGAUUGCCGUCAUUGUAUAGAGAGCAACGAUCUUUCUGAAUGGCUUAAGCAAGAUAACGAGUCUAUUAAAGUUAAAAGAUGCCCACGGUGUACAACGCCCAUAAAUAAGUGUGCUCGUCUUAUAAAUCAAAUAAAAACAGAUAUUAACAAUGUCCAACUUGUGAAAAAAAAAGUAUUUAGUGGUAAAUACGGUGACUUACAAGCUGUACAAAAACAGCAUCAUCUGGCUAUAAGACAUCUGAUGAAAAAUCCGAUUCUUGCAGUACAUCCAGAAUUAAAUGAAGUAUUAAAAGAUUUGCACCAGAGAACAAAAGUUGUAAGUCGAUACAAAAGAUAUCAACACUUAAAUGCUCAAGAAAUAGAUGCCUGCAGAGUUGUUUUGGAUAUCAUACGCAAUGUAUUCGAAAUAUUAUCCUCAGUCCAACACAUAGAUAUCCCCAAGAAAUUAAACCAGAAUGAUUUACGCAUUAGGCUUAAAUUAUCUUCAUUACUCACCAAGAAAAAUGGUAAAAUCAUCAAAUCGUAUGAGUUUGUACUACCACAAUUGCAAGUAAUUUUGUAUUCCAUCCCACGAACAUUUCGAAUUCCUAAGCAAAGACUUAAUGACAUUCAACAAGAGCUCUUGCGCUUGGAAUACAUGAUUAAAGUUUGCAACCUUGAUGCUAAAAAUUGCACUUCCAACGUACCUUCGAUGGAUCAGAAUAAGUUUCAUGCUGUUAUGACAAAGCUUGCAGCACCUAAAAGAUUUGAUGCAACGUUGGAGUCCGAAGUAUUGGAGAGUAUUAAAAAAUUGAAUGAUGAGCAACUAGUAGCUCUCGAGCGACGUAUGAUUGUACAAGCGAUGGGUUUCAAGCAGGGUCACUGGUACAAGUGUCCUAACGGACAUCCUUAUGCGAUAGGCGACUGUGGCGGUGCGAUGCAAGUUGCCAAGUGCAACGAGUGUGGAGAAAAUAUUGGCGGCACUGGUCAUCGUUUACUGAGCGGUAAUCAGCUAGCAAGCGAAAUGGACGGCGCUGCAAAUCCAGCUUGGUCUUAGUAAGGAAACGUCUAAUCCAUAUAUCAAAAUAAACAACUAUAUUUAAAUUACUCAAGAUAGAUUUUAUACAGUAGCAGUAGGAUAUUUUAUAUUAGAUGAAUUCUCAUUUUGUGCGAUAAAUUAUCUUACGAUAAUUUUUUUAUUUUGAUACGAUCUUUUUUGAUUUAUACAACUAUUUACGUCUUACAGUCUGCAUUAUUUUAUAAGACUGUGCCAAUUAUGCAUUAGAUUGUACUUGAUUUAAAUUUAAAAUUUCAGGAAAAUAAGAUACCGCUUAUAUAACACUUUGUCCGUAGUUUGGCUUUAGUGUCAAAGUAGCCCUAAAUAAUGUCAACAUUUUAAUUUAAAUUAUGGGAGCACAGUCUGAUUUUAUUUGCAUGAAAAUUACGUAGAUUAUAGGGUGUUGUCUUUCGUUUUAAUCGUUGAUCAUCCAUGUAUUAAAAAAAGACCAAACUAAUUUAUUAAAUGGCGAACGCGCUUUUGUUCUCGAAUCCUCAAAAACAAAGACGGCACGAUUCCCAACCGACACCUCAAAAUGAGUCACAUGUGUAUCUACUAUACUACAACCGCUCAAAGAAAGAAAUACUCCGCUUGCGAGAGCAGGAAGAAAAAGGAAGAGAAAAGGCUUCAACUGUCGUUGCUACCCACGUAUUUUUUGUAAAGUCAAGUAUGUUUACCGGGAGUAGAGAAAAAAGGAGGUGGAGGAAAGAUUGUUUUUGGAGUCGUGCUGCACGUGUUUGCAGUCAUCGCGCGCUUACACAUCAGGGAAAACAAAGCCACGCGCGUGUUUAAAUUCGAACCGGCCACAACGGCGGGAGGAUCGGCGCACGCGCAUUGCGCUGCGAGUACUGUUAUAAUUAUUAUGGAAAAAUGGAUGAGGUGUUUUCUGUAGCUGGAAUCGUGACUGUAAUUUUUGCUGUGUUCAGGCGUUGAGCUGUGGGAAAGUAUGUAUAAUGUUCCCGUGUAUUUUUUAUGAUUUAUUCAUUCAAAAAAUUGCGCGAACGAAGAAUUGUUUCAAUAAUGCUGGUCGACUAAUUUUUUUAACUACAUGAAUGUACGCAAAAAUUUUGAAUAAAGAAUAUUACAUUUCUAC